GCGCCUCAGUAUCGUCGUGUCCAUCGAGGGAGUCGGUUUGUGACGAGUUUGGUAUUUCUUGAACGGAACAAAAGUUUGAAACAACUCAAUUUAUGAGGAAAAUUCAAUUCAAUUCGUGAAAAGAUUGAUCGUGUAUAAUUUGUUUUCAUUGUUGUAUUUAUAAAAAUUUAUCUGUAUAAUGAUAGUACCGCGUUCCUUCAACGACGAGGGCUAGCCUUGCCCUUGAAACGGCAGCCGGAGUUUCGAGUGGCCGAUACAGCGUAACGCGCACGACGACGUUCCAACCAGCUGUGCUCCGGAAUCGCGAAUCGCGUGUGUGUUGUGUUCGACGUUUUUUCUUGUUUAUCUUUUCUACGUGCGAGUUUCUCAUCUUCUUGUCUUCUAUAUUCGUUCACGUUACCGUGAUUCGUGACAAAAGAAGACAGUCGUUGCCGGUUUUUUUUUACGUAUUGCUUUUGUUAGUCUUGUUUGGUGUUUAUUGGUGAGAAUCUACGGGACGAUAGGAACAAAGGGACGGAGCCAACAGUUGUGAAAGGGCAACAGAGACAGAUAGAGUGAGAGAGAGAUAUCGUGGUGUAUCGAUCGAGAGUGGAGCUCGCAGUUGACGUCACAAAAUCCAGAGGGAAUUAGAGCGUGCACCGCGGGGCCAGUUGAAAUACAAAGGUACCAUCAAAGGAAAAGAGAAAAGAAAGAGAUUCAUCGAGAGACACGAAACCGGAAAGAGGAGAAGACGGAGAGAAACCAAAAGGAAAAGUGGAAAUUCGACCAAGAGAACAGGUGUACCGACGGAGGGGCCAGCUUUCAACGGUCUGACGCUACCAACGAUAAAGAUCGUUCCAAACGUGCCACGACUCUGACUCCGUUCUAAAGGAUUCUGUGGUUGCCGAACUCAUUUCCGUUCCCGAAUUUCGCCAUUUUUCUUUUUGGCCUGGACUGGGAUCGAACGGCGUAAAAUAGCUAUGCAGCGAUACGAAGCGCGGUGCUCGUCCGCGACGAGGCGAUGAGAAGGCUGAAUGGAGGCCGAGGAAGCCUCAGAGCCCCCUGGGGCUCCGACGAAUUUUCCCUCAGAGAAGCACAACAAGAUGAACCGUAGUCGCACACCGUAUUCAUUUUUUAACUAAAUCAUCAACUACCUUUGCAACUUGUACAAAAUUGCAAUUAAAAUAUAAACAAUUGAUUGUCAACCAACGAAAUAAUCAAAACUUUCGAUCCACUUUGAAGAAACGAUUUUGAAGAAACCGCGUUUUUACAUAUCUACGAACAGGGCGAUCGAUCAUCCAAUUAGUUUAGAAAAUUCAAACAGCAGACCUCUUCACGAACACGGCCUCUGAUAUAUUUCUCAUCCAGACGCACAAACCACUUCGAACCACUUCGGAAUUGUGUUUGAUAUGAACGUAAAUCUGAAAGAAAAAAAUCUAUUAACGCGCGAUAACCAAGAGUUCUGAGCAACGAAGUGUAAUUACGAUUAGAAUCGUUUAACUCUUAUUAAAUAAGGAAGGAACAAUUGUUUGGAAAGAUGGCCGCACCGGUGAUAGAGAAGAAACGAUUUUUUUGCCGCGAAUGGGCGUUCACCAAAUUGUCCCAUUGUUUGGAGCAAAGGCCAGCCUCGAAAACCUGCGGUGUUCUGGUCGUCGGUGGUCCAGGAAGCGGGAAAACUGCGUUCAGUGCGGAAUUAGCUUGGCCAUCGGCCGGUGCCAAUGCCAGACAUCAAAGAUCUUUGAACAGGAGAUUAUUAGCCAGGCACUUUUGCCAAGCUAGGAGCGAGGCAUCCUUGUCACCAGCACAAUUCGUCAGAUCCCUAGUUGCUCAACUUCUGCAACCCGGUUCGGAUGGAAUUCAUAGGGUGUCUUCGAGCUCUCCAAUACCAGGAAGCACAACGACCACCAAUGCCACAACAGUACCAUUAACAUCGAGGGAAAUGGUGGCAGAAGCGUACGCGGAAAAGCUUAGAACCGAUCCAGAAAUACAGGCAGCCUUGCAACCAGAUGUUCUUGACAGAGAUCCCGAUGACGCUUUAAAGAAGGCACUACUAUUUCCUCUUCUCGAGUUGGAACCACCAAAAAAUUGUCUGUUUCUGUUAGUCGAUUCCAUCGACGAAGGUCAAACUUUGGAUCUCCCACAAACUGGUACCAGAGAUUCAAGAAGGGAAAAUGAUAAUGUUAGUAGAACGAUUGCUGAAUUGUUGGCUAAUCAUCAUCACCUGUUCCCUCAAUGGUUACUGUUGGUUUGUACUGCUCGGCGUCAGAGCAAACCGAUCUCGAGGAUGUUCAGUGGCUUCCGGAAAAUCCCUUUGGAUGAUUUAAGGAAGUCCUUAGUGGUCAGAGACAUUCAGCAAUAUAUUCUCGCUCGGUUAGAUCAAGAAGAUGCGCUCAGGCAGCACAUCUCGCGCGACACAGCCGAGAUGCUAAACCAGCUGCACAUCAAGAGCAAUGGCUGUUUCCUGUACCUAGAAAAAGUUCUCGACGGCGUGGCCGAGAACUUUAUCGUGCUACGCGAGGUUCGCGAGAUACCAGGCACUCUGAACGGUCUCUACCUAUGGCUGUGUCAAAGACUCUUCAGUAGAAAGCAAUUUGCCAAAGUUCAACCUUUGCUAAACGUGAUACUGGCCGCGAAACUACCAAUCACACAAGAGAUACUCUACAAAUGCGUAAAAACAGCAUGCACGAGUAUCACCAUAGAAGACUUCAAUCGACGUUUGCACCUUUUACGCAGAGUCAUCUCUGUCUCUCGUGCAGGAGCGUUAAUGUUAUUCCAUCAUAGUUUCGCAGAAUGGUUGCUGGACGUAAAACAUUGCACGCAGAAAUAUUUAUGUUCCGCUAUUGAGGGUCACGCAAUGCUGGCCGCUUAUUAUACUCUUCGUGGACCGGAAUUAAACGCUGACGAGAUCUGCGUGUUAGGACAACAUCUGCAACGAGCCAUAACAAGUAUAGCUACUACAAAUUGUAAUCUGGAUGUGCAUACGCUUCAAGUGGUUUGGAUGGUAGGCAGUGGAGCGCCUAUAGAAGACUGUUACCUGGAUAGUUCUGAAUGUAUUCUCUGGCCCAGGCAAGAGGUGAAAUUGUUGAAGUUGUUGAUUGAUGCCGGAGCCAAACCAUCCGAGAAAAUUGUCGAAGAUGAUGCCAAUAAGGAUGCUGUCUCUUCUAGUCAAGUUUCGCAAGAUGUAAGCCCUAUGGAUGAAUCUCCCAGCGAACCAUUAACGGAACUACUCGGCGAAAGCGGGGACAUCAAUCAAGCUGAUUCUUGCGGACGAACAGUACUGCACACGCUUGCUGCAGAUGGUAAUGCAUCUCUGCUGGAGCUGGCUCUAGCGACGUGUCCACAGGCAAAGUUGGAAGCUACUGAUCGUCACGGUCAAACACCUUUGAAUCUUGCUGCCAGGCAUGGUUAUGCGGAUGUGGUACGAGUUUUGUUGGCUGCUGGGGCUUGUGCAGAUCAUGCUGACUGCGAUGGAUGGACAGCUCUCAGGGCUGCUGCCUGGGGUGGACAUACUCAGGUAGUCGAAAUGCUGCUGGAGCACGGAGCAAUGGUGGAUUGCGCCGAUUGGGAUCAACGAACCGCGCUCAGAGCAGCCGCUUGGGGUGGCCACGAGGACAUCGUUAAAGCGCUUCUCCAGCAUGGCGCCGACGUGAACAGAACAGAUGACGAGGGUAGAACCGCCUUAAUUGCCGCUGCUUACAUGGGUCACAGCGAGAUCGUCGAACAUCUUCUAGACUUUGGCGCGGAGAUCGAUCAUGCCGAUAAUGAUGGAAGGACUGCACUCAGCGUCGCUGCCCUCUGUGUCCCUUCCAAUCAUGGCUAUGCAAAAGUAGUUACGAUUCUAUUGGAAAGAGGAGCUGCAGUCGAUCAUCAAGAUAAGGAUGGUAUGACACCAUUGUUAGUGGCUGCAUUCGAAGGACAUAGAGACGUUUGUGAAUUAUUGUUGGAAUACGAGGCAGAUGUAGAUCAUUGCGAUGCUACAGGUCGCACACCUUUAUGGGCAGCUGCUAGCAUGGGCCAUGGAUCAGUGGUUGCUCUUCUCUUAUUCUGGGGAUGUUACGUUGAUAGCAUUGAUAACGAGGGCAGGACAGUUUUGAGUGUAGCUGCUGCUCAAGGUGGCACAGAUGUAGUAAAACAAUUAUUAGAUCGAGGCUUAGAUGAACAACAUAGAGACAAUUCAGGUUGGACACCCUUACAUUAUGCAGCAUUUGAAGGUCACAUCGAUGUUUGUGAAGCAUUACUAGAAGCAGGAGCCAAAAUUGAUGAAACUGACAAUGAUGGAAAAGGUGCACUAAUGUUGGCUGCACAAGAAGGACACGCUGCAUUAGUUGAAAGAUUGUUAGAACAGCAUGGAGCGCCAAUUGAUCAACAUGCUCAUGAUGGAAAAACUGCUCUCAGACUUGCAGCUUUGGAAGGUCAUUAUGAUACUGUUAGGAUACUAUUAGCUCAUAAUGCAGAUGUGAAUGCAAAAGAUGCUGAUGGAAGAAGCACUCUUUAUAUUCUUGCUCUAGAGAACAGAUUGGCAAUGGCACGAUUUUUGUUGGAGCAUGCCCGAGCAGAUGUAGAAAGCAGGGAUUCAGAAGGACGAACUCCUCUGCAUGUAAGUGCUUGGCAGGGACAUGUCGAAAUGGUAGCUUUGUUAUUAACAGAAGGUAGUGCCAGUGUAAAUGCUUGUGACAAUGAGAAUAGAACUCCUUUACAUUCUGCAGCCUGGCAAGGUCAUGCAGCCAUUGUCAGAUUGCUCCUUGAACAUGGAGCAACUCCUGAUCAUACUUGUAAUCAAGGAGCAACAGCUUUAGGUAUCGCUGCACAAGAAGGUCAUGAACACUGUGUACGAGCACUUUUAAAUCACGGUGCUGAUCCCAGCCACUCUGAUCAUUGUGGUCGAAAUGCUAUCAAAGUGGCUGCCAAAAGUGGCCACGACACAGUAGUAAGACUGCUCGAGGAAUAUUCGGCUAAUCAACGAAGUCUAAGGCCUGGCAUCAAUGGAGGUGGAAGUAGUAGUGCUACUUCAGUAACAUCAAAUUCGACAGCAGAAACAAAACCAUCAUCUGCAAUUUUGAAUCCCCUUUCAACUCAAUACAGUCCGGCAGAGUCGCCGGAUUCGACAAAAAGAAGAAGUUGCGUAUCUCUGGGAAAUAAUUCCAGCAAUAGUAAAUCUAGUAGCAACCUGACUGGUAGCACAAAAAGCGAUCAGGGAAAAUUUAAUCAGAACUCGAUGGUGAAUCAGGUAAUAAAAACACCAUUAUCUUUCACGCAACAACUGCAACAAUGCUCGAGGGGAGCCAAGAGUCGUCCACUCAGUAAACUUUUAUCACCUCUGAAAAGUGAACCGCAAAGUCCUAUCUACGCUUCACCACCUCAUUCGCCGUUAAGUGACAGCCUGAUACCUUAUUCGCCAACAAACACAAGUCCACCUAGUGCUCAGACCGCGGCGAAUGUGAUACAGAAUCAACUUGGAGUAUCAUUAUUAACUGGAAAUCAAAAUAUACCAUAUAAAGUGCAGAUCGGAGGAUAUAAUCAUACAUCGGCUAUUUACGAACCGAUUAAUAUAAAAACCGAGAUCAUUGAUAAAAAUGAAAUUAGCAAACCAUUUGAAUUAACGAACGAAAUGUUAGGUUUAAGCGUGACAAAAGACAAAAAAAAUGGACUUGAUGAAAAAAGAAAUUCAGCCGACACUCAUUUCACUAGAGAUACUCAUAUGAGAAUAAUAUUGGGUAACAGUGGUGCUGGUGUUGGCAGAAGCGUAAAACAUGCUUCAGAUCAUACACCUGCUAGUGCAAGUAAUGCAAAACCAAAGCGUAAUGGUUUGGUUUCCAAUCCAGCCAUGAGAUUAGUAGCAGGUGUUAGAAAUGGAAUUGAAAAUGCAACUAAUAGAAACAAACCUAUCACAACGCGAGUUAAUGGAUUUCAGUGGAAAGCUGAGGCACGAAAGGAAACACCUUUGUAGGGACAGGUAUUAAUAUAAUUUCAUUUUUGAAGGUCACAAUAAAAGUCUAGGAAAACAAAUAUUUUAUAUAAUUGUAAAGAAGGAAUAAAUAAAUUUAAAAAAUCUUCAAUUCAUAUAUUGUAUAAAUAUUUAUAAUAAUAUAUUUAUUAUAUUUUUCUUUGAAAUGCACUGCAUAAUUUUAUUAUGUUUCACAAAUAUACAUAAUUAUAAAUUCCAUUCAAUCACUCACUUAGUAUUAGAAAUUAAAUUUUUUCAUCCCUUCAAGUUUCAUUUAAUUCAAUUUUAAUUUAAAGAUUAUUGAGUGAUAAAGUUUUAAAUUAUUUUUUUUUAAGACAAUAUUUGAAUGAUAUAUGUAUAUACAAUAUAUAUAUUAUAUAAAUAUUAUAUUGUGUAUAUGUAUAUAUGCGUGUGUAUGUGUGUGUGUGUGUGUGUGUGUGUAUAAUAUAUAUAUAUAUAUAUAUAUAUAUAUACAUACAUACACACACACAUAACACAUACACAUAUAAUAUAUACAUAUAUAUUUAUAUAUGGGAUGUUAAUAUAUUUGUGAUACAUGAUAUUUUGCAGGCCAAAACAAACACAACAAUUGAUAUAUAAAAAUGAUAAAUUGAAGUUUAUUUAUUAAAUUAUAAAUAAAAUGAAGAUGGAAAAAAGACAGUAAUAUAAUUGAGAUUCAUCUGUCUUUUUCUCUGUUUCGCUUUAUCUGAUGCAAACUUAAAUUGCUUAAUAAAUAAGUUUUAAUCAAUAUUUUUAUAUAUCAAAUUUUGUAUUUGUUUUGACUUCUUGAAUUUUGAAAAUUUUCUAAAAAUGUUCCAUAAAUACAUUAAUAUCCUAUAUAUAAAGAAAUAGAAGUAGUUAAUCCUUAUACACUGUAAUUACAGUGUUCAAUUUUGGAAGUGGUAUCAGUAGAUUUUUUAUAUUCCUUUUCUACUAAAUUAUAACAUAUAAAUAUUUUGCAUGAUCAGAAAUAACUCUUAUAUAAUUUUAGAUUUUACAAUAAAAUUAGAAAUUUAGUAAACAAAAAAUAUGAGUUUUUAAGAAGAUUUAAUGUUUUAAUCUUUUCAGAAUAACCAUCUCACUAAUCAAUAUGUUUAAGUGUGUUGUAUUAAAUUUGUGUUUACGUAAAAUGUUCGAAACUAAAAACAAAGAAUUAAUUAAAAUCUUAAUUUUUUGUAAUAUAGGUUGUAUUCUCAGAAACAUCUCAGCGGGAUUCUGGAAUCCGUUAUUGCGGCUGGCGAAUCGUAAUCACCAAAAAGCGGAAGUCAAUAAAUAAAUUUUUCUCUUUUUAUUUGAGCAAAAUCAAAUUACCUCACAUGAAAAAAUAGAUUAAAAAAAUAAUAAGAAUUGCAGUCAAAAGGAAAAUAAUAUAAAAAUAAAAAUUGCGUAAUAUAAAAAAAACCAAAUAUUAAACAGUAUAGAAAAAUAUGUAGAUCUAGAUAUGUAAACUUUACGAAACGUGACUUUGUAUAAAUGUAACGUUAAUAAAAUUCUUUAUUGAUCUCAUUAAUACUUCAUAUAAACGAAAAAAAUGAAUUAAUUAUUGAAACCUUUAAAAUUUAAGUAAUUAUGAUUUUAAUGAAAAAAGAUGAUAUAUUAUAAAAAUUUUUUCUUCAGAAGACUGGAUGCAAAUGAAAUUCAUAAUGUGAUGUGAAUGAUGCAUUGUAAAGAUAUGUAUAAAUUAUAUUAAACGAUUAAAAAAAAUAUAGCAUGAUAAUGCAAAUUAUCAAUUACAAAUACGUAAAAUUAUGGCCUGAAAAUUAAUAAAAACGUGUGUAAAUACACAUCUUUCAUGUAUUGUGCACGAUCGUAUUUAUUAUAUUGUAAUAGAUGCAAAAUAAAUAAAAAGCAAAAUAUCAA